UUGUUAGCAAACAAACAGGGUGGCAAGGACUGCAAAAUAUUUUCAUCUUGAGUCGUGGUUUCGGCUAUUUUUGAGAUAAACUUGAAAGUGUGACGACAACAGAGCUGCCUACUUUGCUGCCUCCGAACGUGCCUGACUUAAAGUUCUAUUCGUUUUUUUACAAUUAAUACACCAUGGUCGAUUUAACUGAUGCCGGUUCACCAUUCCAACAGUCAAUUCCCAAUCUUGCAUUUUAUGUGCCGGCUGUUGUUGUUUUCGGAUUAGCAGACACAAUAAACCGUUAAGCAAAACUACUCGUAACUCGCUUAAGCUAAGAGCAGCGUCGUGAUUAGAAGAGAGAGAGAGGGAAUUGAAUAAAUAAUGGCAGAAGAUCCAAUAAAUCAACAAGCAUUCGCCGAUGAUGUGGCUGCCGCGGCCGCAGCUGGCGGAGAUCAGGGCUUCGUAGCGCCACCUGGCGCCGGUCCCGGCAGUCCAGACUUUAAAAUGCCCAGCGCCGAUGAGAUAUGGAAAAUGGUCGAGUCCAUGGAAGGCAUUUCGGAUGAAGAGCGUGCCGAGCUGCGCGAAAGUAUAUUCAAUCCAAAGCCGCCAUCGCCGGAGGAUUUCAUGAGGCAGUAUGGACAUCCCGGCCACAGUUCUCGAGAGUAUAUUGUGUUCUUUGUGAUGAUAACGCUCAUAUUGCUCGUCUUUGCUCUCUUUGGCUACAAGCUGUACAAAUCGCUAACGGAGAAGGAGCUGAAGAAGCAGGAGAAACUCAAGAGCAAGCAACAGAAGAAGGCUAAGAAGUCGAAUUGAUUUAUUGACUAGACGACGACGAUGAUGAUGAUGACGAUGGUGAAUUGAAGCCAGCACAUGGCUAUAGAUUUUAAUACUUCUGGAUACUGGCAAUAAAGGCAAAAGCAACCGAGCGUAGAUUCAUUAAAUUUAUAUUAAAUUGAGAGAAUUGAAAAUCUAAAUAAAUUCCUGUAAAUGAUAAAAUUGUAUAUCUCCCCCCCUCCCGUGUGUACGUGUAGAAAAUAUGCAUAAUACUUAAUAUACAAGUUAUAUACAUUGAAA